UAUUCAACAUGACAAACAUCAGUGUCGAAUUAUCAGCCAGUCACAGCAGUAAUAUCGAAUCUUUUUGAUAAGAAUGCAUUUGAGAAUAUUGGUAUUUUUGUGCGUAGUAGCAUUUGCAAUGGCUCAACUUUUGUCCGAUGAAGAGGAGUGGAAUAAGUUCAAGUCAAAACAUGAAAAAUCCUACGAAUCCUCUAGUGAAGAGGCUCGUCGAUUUGAAAUUUUCAAAGAGAACCUGAAGAAAAUCCGAGAGCAUAACAAAAGAUAUGAUGCUGGGAAGGAGUCAUAUUAUCAAGGAGUGAACCAAUUUACCGAUCUGACACCUGAAGAAUUCAAGGACAGAUAUACCGGAGGAUUCAAAGGCCGGAAGGAUCAAUCCGUGUCGCAUGGCAAAUCUUACGCAAACAAAGAGGAGGAAGCAAAACGUCGUGCCAUUUUUGAGACUCAUCUUCGGGAAGUAGAAGAACAUAACAGAAAAUAUGACAAUGGAGAAGUGACUUGGAGAAUGGGGAUCAAUAGAUUCUCCGAUUUAACACCAGAAGAGAUGAAAAUUUACAACGUAUUUUUCUUCUCUUAUACUUUUUUCACAAUCAGUAUGGACUCUCAACUGUCUGCUGAAGAAGAAUGGAAGAAAUUUAAGUCAGAACACAGUAAAUCCUACUCUACUCCGGAAGAAGAAACACGGCGGUUGGCGAUUUUCAAAACUAAUUUGAACGAAAUUCGAGAACAUAAUAAAAAAUAUGACGCGGGUGAAGAAUCAUACUUUCUAGGAAUAAACCAGUUUGCCGACCUGACGAAAGAAGAAUCGAAUACGAUGACAGAGUACAGAGAUAUUUUGUAUUUACUAUUUUAUUCUGCUCGAUUAGUUUUGGUUAGUUGUUGUUGGUCAAGCUUAGUAUUUCCAAAUUAUCAACGUAGUUGGGUUUUGUCGGUCGUCAUGGCUACACAACUGUCACUGGAGGAACAAUGGAAAAAUUUCAAGUCAGAACAUGGUAAAUCCUACCCUACCCCGGAAGAGGAAACACGGCGAUUUGAGAUUUUCAAAAAUAACUUGAAUAAAAUUCGAGAACAUAAUGAAAGAUAUGACGCAGGUGAAGAAUCUUACUUUAUGGGAAUAAACCAGUUUGCUGAUUUGACAGACGAAGAAUUCAGGAAUCAAAACCUGGGAUUAGAAGAAGAACAAGAUUAAAUUGAAUAAACUGAUAUAUCAUAAAUGAAAACUAACACCUUAUUAUCAGAUAUCAAAAAUAAUUUUCAAAAUCCAAUUACAAGAUGAAGAAAAAUGACUAACGUGUUAUAAAGUUCGAAUAAAAAUUUAAAAAAAUUGUU